AAAAGCUUCGGGAGCUCGCCCACUCUCACUCCCCGCACCAUUCCAUGAGCUCGGAUAAUAAUCCCCUCGAUCGAUCUCGUCCUCACCCUCUCCACCGAAACCCUAACGAAACCCUAAUCGCUCUCCGAAGCUCGGCUGCGGCGGCGGAGGAGGAGGGAGGGAUCCGAGCCCUCCUCUCGACCUUGGGGGCGCUCAUGGCGGCGGAGAUCCCGAUCGGCCGCGUCGCCCUCCGCCACCUCGUGCGGUUCCUCGCCGCCGUUCUCUACUUCCACUCCUCCGAGUACGCCCUCGCCGUCGCCUUCCAUGGCCGCUUCAACGUUUCCCCUGCUUCACUUCUGAUCAGCAAACAGUAUAUUGCUGCGAUGAGUUGUGCGGUGCUUGAAUAUGUGAUAGAGAUUCUUCUCUUUCCCUCCUUGAAGGAGUAUUGGUGGGUCAGCAAUUUCGGCAUCGUGAUGAUUAUCGUCGGGGAGAUCAUCCGUAAAGCUGCUGUUCUAACAGCCGGUCGUUCCUUCACACACACCAUCAGGAUUUAUUACGAAGAUCAUCAUGAGCUGAUUACUCAUGGAAUUUAUAGAUUCAUGCGGCAUCCUGGUUAUUGCGGCUUCUUCAUCUGGGCAACUGGAACCCAGGUUAUGCUCUGCAACCCGGUCUGCUUCAUCGCCUUCGUCUUGGUCUUAUGGAGAUUCUUCUCUAGACGGAUACCUUAUGAGGAGUAUUUCCUGAGGCAGUUCUUCGGACGCCAGUAUGUGGAAUACGCACGCAGAGUGCCGUCUGGCAUCCCUUUCGUAAGAUGAUAGUCUUGCUGAUUGUGUAAAAUAUUACCUGGCUCAACAAUGCGACAUGCAUGGGGUGGCUGCGUCAAUCCAUUGGCCAGAAGGGUUAUCAAACUUGCGCUCUUUAUGCAAAUUUGAUUACGAAGAAAUGGCGCCGCCAUGUGUAAAUUGAAGGAAUAAAGGACAUAGCAUUCCACUUGAUCAUUUGGUUGGCGCAACUGGAGAGCACUGCAAAUAACAGAGCCAUGGCCACAAAGAAAGAGAUGUAGCAUAUACUAUGCUUCAGGCUUAUUUGCAUUUGAUGCUUCAUAACUUUUAAACAAUUUGAUGUGUUUCAAAAAAAAUUGUAGGACAUUUUGGAGAUCUUUGAUCAAAUUAUCCCCGAGUUGGCCAUUUUAAUGUUUGGUACAAUGAUGUUGUUGAAAUGCCAGUGUAGAAUAUUGUAGAUCAGUUAGAUUUUUGUUCUGAUAAUAUUGUGAGUUCAUCAAUUGGUCAUUUGGAUUCAUCUGAUGCGCAAAAAGAUUUAGACAUUUGAAUAA